AUGCGCACUUGGCUGCAUUUAAGACGGCUAAGACACGAAGUAGCCCAAUUGUACGAUGAUCGAGCGGCGUUUCUUUUUCACCGCCGAACCGAGUCUGUAACAGAUACUCAGACCGAGAGUCGUCGACCGCCUGCCUUCGCUUUCGGUUGCGCGCUUGGUCUAGUUCGGGUUCGGCAGUGUGUCGACGACGGCGACUGCGAGGACAACGACGACAGUUGUCAUUGUGUAGGCGUGUUAGCCAUCGCCAACGACAAGCCCUGUUCAAGAGAGGCCAAGAGUCACGAACUCAGACCCGGAUUUGCUGCUUCUGUCGCCGCUCGCCAAAUACACCGGAAGCCGACAACGAAAAAGAUUGAAAAACAGGAGGUAAGAGGUUUGUCCGCUCGCUGUGCCGCUUCAAUGAUUGAGUCUUCGGCAGAGGAGUUAAUUGCGGUUUGUGAUGGCGGAGAUUCAGCGUACAAAUUGAAAGGUAACGUCUUUCGAAGGAAUGAUCGUAAUGACCUUUUGCCACGUUCCGUUUUGCUACCUCGACAGUUGAAUAUCAGCGGCAUGAAACGAGCGGUGAUGAAUGAUGACAGAUUUUUAAUUUGUGCGUUACAGUUGGCCCGGUGGGACUACUUGAUCGAUGGCAACCACUUUGCUAACGGCAUUGUUAAUGAAUUAUGCUUGAUCGACCAGACCCAACGACCGACACGGCCUAGGGACCCAUUUAAGCAGGCAACGGCUCCAUGGCAUUUGGGAGUCUGCGGCGCCUGGAUGCAAAACCGCAUCACGAGGAAGGACAGAACAACGGCCUGUUCGGCGACCUGCAAAGAUGCCAUGAACAGAAGGGACUAUGGAAGCAAGGAGCCGGUGCUUACGUCGUUUCAAUCCGGUGUCAAAAACUAA